AGAAUUUCUAGAGUCACAGCUGGUGGUCACUAAUAUUUGUUCUUAAUACAUACAACACACAAAGAGGUGAGGCACUUCUUGUGUGACUCUCUCUCUCUGGUCAACAUUUCCUGUUAUUUGGAAGAUAUUUAUGAUCUCAGCUUCUUUCAAAUGGAUCUCUUCACCCUUAAUACACAAAGAUUUUCCAAAGAGAAAGAGUACCUCUUCAAGUUGAGUGGCGUCUUUAGCAGCCUAUCAGCUUUGGUAUUUGAAAUAGUCAUUGCCAGCAACCAAUUUUGGCGCCUAUGGGACUUUGAAGACAAUGUUGUGCAGUUUGUGUCAUUUGGACUUUGGGAAGCUUAUUAUCCUCAAGUAUUUAACAUCUCAGGAACUCUAAUCAAGAUGUUGGUUCACAACCCUAUUGAUUCAACUUGGACCAUUUCAUGUGAAUUUCAGUAUGCACAGAAGCUGAUAGUAUGGUCUAUUUUUAUGAAGCUUGUAGUUCUGGUUUUCAGUGUGAUAGCUUUCAAGAUUAGCUGCAUGAAAGACCCAUUUCUGAAGAUGCAGAUAUAUUGCUUCAAGUUCUCUGCCAUAGUUUUGGGUGUUAGCAGCUUCUUUACAUUUGUUGCUGUGAGCUGGAACCAUAUAGUAGAUCUUUAUGGCCAAACCACUCUUGACUUUCCACCUGACUUUCCUGUCAAAAAAGAAGCCUUGAGAAGCAAACAUGUUACUGCUGUGUUCCCAGUAGGUGUCCUGACUACAACCAUGUCACUUUUUGGUGUGAUCAUGUUUCUCUCUGAGAUAAGCUAUUUGAAACUACAGAGUCAAGUGAAAGCCAAGUGUGUUUCCAAAGUGGCCCUUCAAGAGGCCUGAAGUGAGGACCCCUGCAUUUACAACAUCGGUCAGAUAGCUCCUAGAAGAAAUUUCUAAUCAAUAUACAAAACUCAUGUAGUCAUCAACUUGUUCUAAUAAACCAUCAACUUUAU